AUGCAGCUCAGCCUGUCAGCCGUCUCGCUUAGAUCGAAGGGAUGCGUUGCUCUGGUAGGGCUUCAUCCAACUCGGCUGCUGCUGCGGGCGGCGCACGCUCCCAUCGGCGCUUCGCUGUCGGCGCGAUCCGCACCGGCGCUGGUCCGAACGCAUCUCGCCCUCGCCGUCAUCUCGCGCAGAUUGGUCUCCGCAUCGGAAGCACAUCUGCCACCUCCUUUCUCGCAAGCAUCUUGGUCGAGCAUCUGGGCGAGCAUGACGGGCUCCGAGACCGCACGCGCGGUGCUGUUCGUGAGCCUCGCCAUCCUGGGCUGUCUCAUCCGCACGUACAUCCGCACCGCCAACGGCGAAAAAGAAGACGAGGUGCAUUUCUGGUCGUCGCGCUUCAGCCAGCUCGCGGACGCGCCACCGUCGCCUGCGCCAGCCGCUCCCGUCGGCCAGGUGCGCCCGCGCAGCACCAACACGUCGAGCGGCGAGGUGAGCCAGGCAGUGUCGGUGCUGCAUGACCAGCCGCCGCGGUUUGCGCCCUUCCUCGCCGACAGUGUCGAGCCGCAGCACGAGGAGGUGCCGUUGGCACCGGUGGCGUGCCAGGGCGCCGAGAUCGACGAGGCGUAUGAGGACUGGGCGGCCAUGCACCAUGCUAGGGGCGCCGUGUCCGAGGAUGCCGAGGCGAGCAUCGACAAGCUGUGGCAAAGCAGGCAGCUGCAAAAGGCCAUGGGAGUGCAUGCGCUCCCGCAUCUCGAACCGCUAGGCACGAGCGGAGCCAACACGCCCACCAUCUGGACCUCCCACUUUCCCCCCGCUCAACUUCGUCCCUACUAG